ACGAUUCAAGGACAGAAGAAGCCUCGCUUCAGCGUAGACAAAGUGGAUGCUCUCGCCACAUCCGUUCUGGAUAAGAAAGCAAUCCUUUACGGAAAGUUAUCGGCAACGAUCAACUCUAAGAAGAAACACGAAGCCUGGAGCGCUGUUGCGCAUGAAGUCAGCAGUGUAAGAGGAACUAAAAGGGACAUUGCCGAUGUGAAGAAGAAAUGGCAGAAUAUUUGCAUGGAGGUGAAGAAGAAAGAAGCAGAGAGAAAAAAAGCUCAAAAAGAUACAGGGUGUGGUAGUCCCCCACCAGACCUAACAGAGACAGAAUGGAACGUUCCACUAGUGCUUGGUUGGGAGCUUGUCCAAGGAAUCGAUGGAGCUAUGGACACGGACGCGCCUCUUAAGAAACAUCCUCCAUUGCUGUCCUACAUGAAACUGAAUGUGCAAUACGGCGACUGGAAUCUCAAGAUCGUCAGCGGAAUCUGGAAUCCAUUGUCGGACACAUUUCCGGAGAAAAAUUCGCUAUCGACCCGCAGAAAUGAAGUUGAAGCAAUUGCGAGUGAAUACUUCACUCACAGAAUGUUUCUCGAGAGAAGCAGUAGGGACUCUGCAGGCAGCGGUGUCGGCGGAAGCAUGGAGCUCGGCCUCUCCCUCGUCAUCCUCCUCUUCUUCGUGGUGUUCUCUCACCAGCUGGGUGAAUCCAGACACCGCACGACCGCGCCGUCUUCUCCGACAUUGGACCCCACCCAGCCGAGCCCCGAACAAGGGAACCUCAACUCGUCCUUGACGUCUCAGCGACAGCGGGCCCAGAUGAUCCGUCGACUGCUCAGGAAUAAUAGGCUGGACCGGCCUCAAGAAGGCACCGUUCGUCUCAUCGGUGGCAAAGAUUUCAAUCAAGGGAAUGUGGAGAUCUUCCACGUGGGGAGAUGGGGGAGCAUUUGCGACGACGAGUGGGACGACCGGGAUGCUCAGGUCGUUUGCAGGGAGCUUGGUCUUCCAGGGGUCGCCCAUGCGACUCAGAAUUCCUACUUUGGGGAGGCCAAAGCUCGGAUCUGGAUGGACAACGUGUAUUGCAUGGGGGACGAAGAGACUCUGUCGGCAUGCCGUUUUGACGGCUGGGGGAUCAACGACUGCGGGAAGAACGAGGGAGCUGGGGUGACAUGCGAUGCACUCUCGUCGUCCACCACCUCCACGUCCAGAACAUCCUCAGAGACCCUGUCUGGAGAUAUGCCCGUUCAAGCCAAAAAACUCCCAAUCAAGUCGUUCAGCGAUGGAAACCUUCAGGUCCGUCUCAUGGGCGGUCGAACGAGCACGGAGGGAAGGGUGGAAGUAAAACACGGAGACAGCAGUUGGCACACGGUCUGUGGUGACGGCUGGGGCCUGGUGGAAGCCCAAGUCAUCUGUCGUCAACUGGAAUUCGGAUACGCAGCAGACGCCCGACCCACGGAUUUCUUCGGAGGGACCAAAGCGGACAUGGCCCUCAGCGGGGUGAAGUGCACAGGCACCGAACUUUCCUUGGACGAAUGCAUGCACAGCCAUUGGGGGGAUGUAUUCUGCCCUGGCGAUCACACCAAUGUCGCCGUCGCCGUCUGCCUUCAAGCAGAGCCAAUCUUGUAUGUUCCAGCCAUGCCAGACUUGAUUCCAGAUUUGAUCGAGCUGCAGCGGUCCAUGUACCUCGAAGACGUUCAACUCUGGUUCCUCCAGUGUGCCAUGGAGGAGAACUGCCUCACCUCCUCAGCCUAUAAACUUCAGAGUGCAAAUCAGCAGAACUGGCACCUAGAGACCCGACGAUUGCUUCGAUUCACGGCCAGGAUUGCAAACAUCGGGACGGCGGAUUUCCUGCCUUUCAUGCCCAAGCAAGCUUGGCAAUGGCACCAAUGUCACAUGCACUACCACAGCAUGGAAUUGUUUGCCCGCUACGAUGUCAUGGAUCCAUACACAUUGGCACAUGUGGCAGAGGGACAUAAAGCCUCGUUCUGCCUGGAAGACAACGCGUGUAAGGAAGGUGUGGAACCCGUUUACAAUUGUAACAACUUCGGGGACCAAGGAAUCUCCGUGGAUUGCACGGACACCUACGCCCACAACAUCGACUGUCAAUGGGUGGACAUCACCGACGUCAAACCAGGCAGCUACAUCUUCAAGUUUUCCAUAAACCCGGAGUAUAAGGUGGGAGAGAUGACAUUCGAGAACAAUGCCAUCACGUGCAACCUGUCCUAUUCGCAGACAUUCGCCUUUGUGCACAACUGCACCCUGGGAAGACCCUGACCGUGAAUGGUGAACGAACACACCAACACUCUCAGCUUCCGUCCAUCUGCGCCAUGCUAUCCUUCCUUUUACAAAGGAUGCUGUACUCCCUCAUCGCAAACCCCCUUCGCAAAAUACUUGUCUGCUUCUAAGACGAUCUUUACUCUUCCCCUCGUUCUGUAUGACAGAACUGAGUUUUUGCUCUCGUUUCCUACCGAGACCCCGGAUUGUGUAUAUGAUGCAUACGCUUAGAACAGUUCCUGGCGAUCCCCUUUCCCCC